AUGUGCCGCCAUAUCGUUUUCUCAGGCACGUGCCCCCACUGCACCGAGCACUUUGUCUGGGAAGACCUCUCCCAAGAGCUCUCGUGUCUCGAAGCCAAGAACACGGGCGUUUUUGGCCAAUGCGCCUUUGGCGUGCAAAUCGAGGAGCACGAAUUCGACCAAGAAUGCGAGCCCUGCGCCGCCGAGAACGAGCGGGAUGAAGGGUACGGCGCUGCUGAAGGUAUAGAUAAUGAGCUUGUUGUCCCUCCACUAGGACCAGGAGGGGAGUUCAUUAUACCCGAUCCCACCAUGAAACAUUUAUUGGCGGGACAGAAACACGCUGACGCUGGCGGACAACAAGAACAAGAAGAAGAAGAUGGCGGCGGCGGCAGCGGCAAGAGCAAGACAAAGAAGCAGAGGGUUGUGUGA